UCGCCGUACGUUUCACGACGUGGCUCGAAAGUGCUGCCUGGCCGAUCGAGAUAAGCGACGACGACGACGGCGAUGACAACGGCGAUGGCAAUGUGAUGCUAUUCCUGGACGACGCCGCCAGUCAGUUCUGGCCCACGUUGAGAUUCGCCGUCGUCCGGCAACGUCGAUAGACAUUUGACACUUGGCGAUCGCGCCAACCAUUCGAUCGUCGUUUGCCGGAAUCCACAGGUAUCUCAGGCAGCGCAUUGUGGCGGCCGACCGUUUUCGUGCAAUAAAUUGCAAGCCGGAAUCUGGACGAUUGUCGCCUGCGAAUCAAUCGGGAUCCAGAAACAUGUUAUAAGAUCUCUCUCCAUCGUUUUUAGAGAUUCCAUCGUGUGACGUGCGCGUUUGUGCCGGUAGAGAAUCGCGGGAACAAAGCUUUGCAAGUUUAGAGUGGACUAUAGAUAAAAAAUCGAUUGGUAUCUCUUCAGAUCUCACAGUGAAAACAUUUGAACGGUGAUCAAUCAAGGACUUGCGAUAAUCGUUUGCUUUCGCUGAUCGGUGACGCUCUUAUGAACCAGCGUGCGUGGCGCGUACACGCGUUUCAUCAUCACGCCUGAGUUUCAAUCGUCGCGGAGGACCGAAUUUCCGGCCAGGAAAUUUAACGUCGAUCGAACGUGAGCAACAACGCGUCCAAAUUAGCCGAAAGUACCGGCGGAUCGGAUUAACGUGGUGUCCGGCGUCAUCGUUUAUUCAGACCUGCCGAACUGUAAUUACCGCUUAAUUGAAAAGGGAUCAAAGAGUGGCGGGAGAAAGGCGAAUCAAUUGUGAGAGCGAGGAUAAAAACAGAGAAUAAACUAUGGUGGAGGGAAGUUAAGGUGCGAUCGAGCAUACGUAAGCGGAGACUAAGUCUACACGAGAAAAGUCGAGCAACGAUCGCGAGAGCCGAGGAAGGAGCAUAAGUGCCGUUUCCACGGAGAAUUUAAUAAGCUUCUCUGCCGGCAGAAUGCCGCCCCAUAGAUCGGAUACGACGUCGUCGGGGUUUCCGAUGCCGUCGCAAAAUAUCUCAGGCAAUCCGCCGGCGCUGAAUGGCGUAGCUUAAGGCGGCUUCUUGUGUAUACUACCGUCACAUGACGCGGAUAAUCGAAACGAUAGCAGACUGAAGAGGUCGAGCAAGCUUUCCUCGUGGCGUGGUUGCAUCCCCUCUUUUUCGUUUUUUUUUCCAACAUCUCUUUCUCUCUAUCUCUCUCUCUAUCUCUUUCUCUUUCUCUCUCUCUCUCUCUCUCCUCUCUAUCUUUCUCUUUCUCUCUCUCGAGUCUGCUCGAUUUUAGCGAUCACGCGACACGAGAAGCGCUUCGCCAUGUACGCGUGACAUCAUGUCGACGACGUCUGUGCGUGACACAUCGUCGGAUGGUGACUGCGUCGAAAGUGACGGUAUACUUGCGUCGAGGGGUGUCGAUGAAUCGGGUAUACUCCGAUAUGCCGAGUCCAGGACAACGCGGAUGCAGAACCCCAUAGACCGUGUCCACGCGACGUCGCGAUUCGAUGGAUCGAUCGCGUGCAAGAUCCGUCGCGAUCUGGGAGCGUCCCGUCGCGGAUAAUCGUCGAUCGUCGUCGCGCGACUGCCGUUGCUGCCGAGAUGGACGAAAUCCUGGAGGAAGGAUUCAACUGAUACGCGUCUAAGCCAGGGAUUCUAGAAACUGGGUGACCGGCCAAAGGGUCGAUUAGAAACAGUACCUCUCUUUUUGUUCAACAAAGAGGAUCAAGAAAUCUUAUCGUACUUGCGGUCCAGUUGAAGAAAAAGAACCAGAAAAAAAGGGAAAACAAAGGAAGAGGUAGAGGAAGGAGAGAGAAAGAGAGAGAGAGAGAGAGAGAAACGGAAAGUGGAAUAGGUUAUAGCACUUAAAUGUAGGCGGAGGAUAAGUAGAGAUGUCGAGCACAAGCAGAAAAAUGGAAUUCCAGACAUGACGCUCUAAAAUCUCGUGAUUGGUGUCAGCGCCUGACUGAGGAGAUAAGGCUAUCUCAGAAGAUCGACCGUGAUGGAGGGGAAAACAAAUGCUUCGUUUGUUAGGUCAAUCUUCCGGAACCUCUCGCUGACCUCUCGCGAGCACCGAGCUUCAAACGAGCCACCCGAAGAGGGUGGAAGAGAAGCGGAUGCUAGCAACAUCAUCAAUGUGGUCUCCGCAACCGUGCAGAAGGAAAAGAUGGCGGAUCUUCUGGGUGACGCUCUUUCGAAUAACAAUAGCGCCGUUGUCGACGGCAGCAUAAAAUCGAGUUGGUUCGACGACUCGACGACCGACGCCGUCUCGACCUUGUCGGAUUCCACCUCUUCCUUCUUCGCAGAAUCCUCGUCGUCGUACUCCACCCCGAGCGUGGACAACUACACCGGCAGCGUGUCCGAUCUCUUUGUCUUUGACGACUUGAACGAUUACAUCAACCGGCUCAACUAUAGCGUCUUCGUGAACCUGACGGCCUACUACGGCGACGGCUACGGCGCCGGAUUGAAUCUCAGCAGUGUGAACUGCACGUCGUCAAUAGUCGCCGGGAACGCUGUCAGACCGGGGGAUGAGUGCGGUACAAUUGCCGGUGUCGACGAAAAGUCGAACAGCUGGUGGGCCCUGAUACUCGUGAUCGUGCCGUGUUUAACGCUCUUCGGUAACGUGCUCGUCAUCUUGGCGGUAGUGAAGGAGCGGGCUCUGCAGACCGUCACCAACUACUUCAUCGUCAGCUUAGCGGUCGCCGAUCUCCUCGUGGCGGUGCUCGUUAUGCCGUUCGCGGUCUACGUACUGGUGAACGGAUCCUGGAGUUUACCUGGAUUUGUUUGUGAUUUUUAUAUUGCAAUGGAUGUAACGUGCAGCACGAGCUCUAUAUUCAAUCUCGUGGCUAUUUCAAUAGACAGAUACAUAGCGGUGACCCAGCCGAUAAAGUACGCGAAGCACAAGAACAAUAGAAGAGUAUGGUUGACGAUACUGUUGGUCUGGGCGAUAUCGGCCGCGAUCGGCAGCCCGAUUGUCCUAGGCCUGAAUAACACCCCCGACCGGAUACCGGAUCAAUGUCUGUUCUACAAUACGGAUUUUAUCAUCUACUCGAGCCUGUCCAGCUUCUAUAUACCCUGCAUCAUUAUGGUAUUUCUCUACUAUAAUAUAUUCAAGGCUCUGCGAAACAGAGCGAGAAGGGCACGUGCUAGCAGGAAACCGAAUUUAGGCGAUAUAAAACCGGGGAGUAUUAUCGAAAAUAUCGCACACACGCGUAGGUUUGCGGAAACGGCGCUGGGGGCGGCCGCCCUGGUGGCUCCUGGGAUCGAGGAACCCACGAACACCGCUUCCGGCAGCAACGAGGACGAGGAUGAGACGCCCCUCGAUCCCGUCGUCGUCAUCUCCAACGACAAGAGCACGGAAUUCUUUUUAGCCACGGUCGUCGAGGAAGCAGCUUGUCGUUUCAGUGCGGUGGCGCAGGCCCAGCUGACCGGGGCACCUAAUGUACAGCGGAAUGACUCCAGCGGCUUUGACGGCGCGGCGAGCAGCACGAUGAUUCACGAAGCGCUCGAGACGAAUUCCAGUCCAAGCCCGAAUCCGCGAAUCACCUCGGGUCCACCAUCCUCGUCAACCUCGUCGUCGCCGCCGCCACCUCGAGGCACGACCAGCGUUUCCUCCGUGACGCAGACGAAGAAGAACGGCAACAAUAGUGGCCCGAACAAGCAGGAACUGAAGCGGCUAAAGAGCGCCGGCUCGCUUUUACCGCUUCAGCUCGCCAGGACGCCCAGCGUGCUGUCGUCCUCCGGUAAGAAGGACCGGAAAAAUGCGUCAGCCGGGUCAAGGUUCACGAUAUAUAAGGCCAACAAGGCCAGUAAGAAGAAGAGAGAGAAGAGCUCGGCCAAGAAGGAACGCAAGGCCACGAAAACGUUGGCGAUCGUGUUAGGUGUCUUUUUAAUAUGCUGGGUACCCUUCUUCACUUGCAACAUCAUGGAUGCAAUUUGCACGAAGCUGACGAAGGCUUGUCAGCCUGGUGUCACAGCCUUCAUCGUCACUUCCUGGUUGGGCUACAUGAACAGCUUCGUGAAUCCUGUAAUAUACACUGUGUUCAACCCCGAAUUCCGUAAGGCCUUCCGCAAGCUGAUCAGCGUGUAAGCGGGCGAUUUGCACCUCUUAAAGAAGAGAUACGGGACGACAAACGUGACUCGGUGUGAAUCGUCGUAUUUGUGAUGUAACAACGAGACUGUAGGCUUUCUCGACAAACUCGCAACAGGUACUGUUGUUCUUGUAUUUGGAACUGUAGCAGCUGCGUUUGCGUAUCGGUUUUCGCAUUCCGUUGCGCGUCGAUCGUUUUCAAGUGAAAGAGAAAAGCUGAGUAUUUUAUGGAACAUUUCCAGAAAUUUAGAAAAUAUAUUCUAUGCAAAAACGGAGGUAUUAUUUUCGACGAGCCGUACUAUUCCGUGCAAAUAAUUUAUAAAGAUUAGAAAUAUA